GCCUACUUGACUGUACCAGACGCAGAGAAUCACGAAACAAGACUCGCUUUACUUCCAGCUUCGCGUAACAAUGAGCGAUAAGCUAAAGCGAGCAUGGGCAGCUUACCAAAAGUACAAACUGAUAACACGAAUUAUCGCAGCCUUCGCUGGUGCGAUUGCGGGAUUCUCUGGCUCCAUAACCUACGUCAAAGUUUACCAAAACUACAACGCUGCAACAUGGGCCGCCAUUUCAGCAGUCUUCGCUAUUUUGUUCCUCCGCAUUAAUUUCUCCGUUCGACGCGAUCACGAAAGACUCAUUCCAAGGGAAACAUUUACGUUGUACAUGUGCGCUGGUUUAGUUGCUUUGGUAGCUGGAUUGGUUGCGACUAUCUCUUACAUCGUACUUGGGGUGAAACACAACGAAAAAGAAAUAACCGCAAAAGGCUACCUGGUGGUGUGUAUUUGGACUGUUAAGUGCUUGAGUUGGGGUUUCUUCAUCUUCAUGUCUGCACGGAGUUUUAAAAAGAAGUACCUUGAAUUUUCUCCUGGUUUGGUGCAAAGUAUGAACCAGACCUAAAGGCUGACGAAUUUUACUGCGGAACCUAGUGAGAACCAGGCUGCAAAUGUUGGCAUGCUUUUAUGUUUAUUAUACUGUAUUUUAGUGGAUCGUUACGUACAAAUAACUACAUGUAAGAGUUUACACGUCUUGAGUAGAGAACUUCAAGGAAGGAUUGGUUUUAAGUAUGUACUGUAGAAGAGGAUUCAGGGAGGAAUCAUGGUAAAAUUUAAUUAAGUAGUUAUUUAGGGAGAAUACCCCAAUAAAAAUCGCUAUAGUGUA